UCUAAAGCAGGGCCAAGAACUACACCUACAUCCACGUAUACGUUUGCAGUGAGAAGUUAGCUAAGCUAGAAACAUGACGCUCAAACUCCUCGUUGAAGUGAGCCCACAGGAGUUGCUUCAAUCUCUUGCCGAGCUGCAAAACCACCUUCUCGGUUACGUCAAGUCCAUGUCGCUCAAGUGCGUCGUGGAUCUGGGCAUCCCGACCGCCAUCCACCGCCGCGGCGGCACCGCCACGCUGGCCGACAUCGCCACCGACACCAAGGUACAUCCGGCCAAACUCGCCGACCUCCAGCGCGUGAUGGAACUGCUCAGCGUUUCGGGCAUCUUCAGCACCACCGCCUCCGAAGACGGCGGUGCUGUUCUUUACGGGCUAACCACGACGUGCCGCUUCCUCGUCGGCUGGCGCAACUUGUCCCCUAUGGUUCCCUUCUUGGCGAACCCUCUGGUAGUUUCGUCCUUCUUCAGCAUGCCCGACUGGCUCAGGAGUGAGCCGGCGCCCGCGGGCGCCGGUUCCCUCUUCGAGCUGGCACAUGGCUGCUCCCAGUGGGAGAUGGGGAGCAAGGACGCCGAAUUCAGCAGCGCCCUGAACAACUCCAGGGCUGCUGAUAACCAGCUAUUCCUCGAGGUCAUUAUUUUUGACAAGGGCCGCAUCUUCCGUGGCAUGAACUCGCUCGUCGAUGUCGGCGCUGGUAAAGGCGAAGGCACGAAAAUCAUCGCAGGUGCUUUCCCACGCAUCAAGUGCACCGUGAUGGACCUUCCUCACAUUGUCGGCCAGGACGCCGACGGCACCGGUCAUGACAAUCUGCAGUUUAUCGCCGGUGACAUGUUCCAAUCUAUUCCAUCGGCGGAUGCUGUCGUUCUCAAGAACGUUUUGCAUGAUUGGGGACAUGACGAUUGCGUCAAGAUACUUCAACGUUGCAAAGAAGCCAUCCCUGCUAGAAAUGUUGGAGGGAAGGUGAUAAUUAUAGAUAUGGUCAGAGGAUCAGCUAACGGCGAUAGGAAAAUCACUGAGAUGGAAGCCAUACAGAACAUGUACAUGAUGUACACUAAUGGGGUGGAACGAGACGAAAGUGAGUGGAAGAGGAUUUUUUCUGAUGCCGGAUUCAGUGAUAAUUACAAAAUCAUGCCAGUACUGGGUCCCUAUUCAGUAAUUGAAAUAUACCCAUGAAAGCUCGACGAACUACAAAACUGAUGAACACAAAGUUGUGCAUUCAUCAACUGCGACGUGCUCAUUUAUAUUUGUGCAUGAAUUUUAUGUAUUGUCCAUAAGCAUGGCCACCUGCUAACAUGCACGUGCUGUCAUUUUACCGCUAUUGUUAAUUGUAGUUGUUUGGAAUUUGUAAACUGUAUUUUAUGAAACUAUGUAUCACGUUGUAAUA